AUGCAAUCACUCGGUAAAGUCCCAAAUGCUCGUCGGGCCCCAGCAAAUCUUCCAUCUUUGAAAGCAGAACACAGCGGAACAGACGCAGCAGUACCAUUAGUACCACCAGGAGCGCCAGGAUGGGGAAAGCAAGAUACAUCAACCACUGGGACAUCUCAAUCACCCAACAGCAAUCAUCAGACAGUUGCACAAUCUCAGGAUUCGAAUGUACCCCCACUGAAUGCCCCCAAUCAGACUGGAGUCUCUCCACAACUCAGCUCACAUCAAGCUGCAAUUGCCCUUCCAGUAACGAACACCAUUCCCCCACAAACACACAAACAGUUAACCCCUACUGCACAGCCUGCGCCUACAGACAAACUAUGGAGUUCCGUCAUGACAGGUCCAGAGUCUCAUCCUCCCUUAUAUCAGAGUGUACAAUUCCAACACGAAUUCCCCAGCUUGUCAUCUGGAGAUGGCGCCCUCACACGCACUGGUUCCGAUGCUCCCCAGUAUCCUUCAGGGCUCAGUCUAAGACCCCAAACAGAAGGCUCAUGGACACAAGGAGGACAAAGAGCCAUGGGCCCGCCAGGCGUUACAGGUGGAGACGCAGCCGGUCAAGGCAGACCUGGCUCGGCCCACCUGGGUCCCCCACCACAGCUUGCGGCCCAGGCAGGCCACCAACAGCAACCAUUUCCGCCGCAAAUACGUGGUGUGAUGCCUCCUUUUAUGUACAAAGGUAGUAAUUUCCAACCUGCAUCUGGAAUUGGUAUUCAAAAUCCUCAAACAAUGCCGCAACCGAAUAACGGGCGAGGUAAUAGACAGGUAGAUAACCGGCCACCUCGUUUAGCGGAUCGAGAAGGAGACGAAGUUGCCCCUAGGCCCAUUAUCCGAGAAGAAGAGCUGAGUCGUAUGGACGAAAUUAGUAAGGACAUGGGUUGGGCAGAAUCAGACGAAAUUGAUUACAAUCAGAAAUUGGCAUUCAGUGACGAUGAAAGCGAAAAAUCUUCCAAAAGGGAACACAAAAAAAGUGCACUGAAUAGGGAUCAUAGAGACGAUCGUGAAAGUCACAACGUCGAUGGUCAAAAUCGUCAGUGGAGUGGAGGCUCGAGGUCUAACGCUCCUAGAGGAAGAAACUCAGAAGAUGAAGAUAUCUGGGUGCAGAGACGUACCCAGCAAGACAAAGAAGUGGAAAUAGCCGUUCAAAGGGCGAAGCAGCGCAAAGAAGAGGAAGAAAAACGUUUUAACGAAGAAAGAAAACAAGCUGCUGCGAAAAAACUCAUGGAACUGGAAGAAAAGAUUCAGAAGCGUGACAGAGAUAACCAUGAAGGGGUUGGUACAAUUAAUCCGAAUACAGUUCCCGCGAAACCUAUUAAUCAUGUAGACAUUCCCUUGCCAGACUUUCAGAAGGAGAAGGAACGCGACAGAGAGCCGCCUAGAGAGAAAGAUUCCAGAUCUCGCACUCCUAACGAGUCGUCUGAUGAGAAGAAUCAAGCUUCAAAUCAAGGAAAUUCCUUUAGACAGUUAACUCAAAUUGAAGGGAAAAAUUUUCCUCCUAGAAAGCAACAACAUGCAAAACCAGAACGAGAUAAUCGGGAUAAUCGAGAGCAAAAUGGGCCUAACUUUUCUCGACAAUUCCAAAAUGACCUUCCGCCUAGAUUCCGCAAUAACAGUAACUCAAACUUACAAAACCAUCAACAAUACCAUCAGCAAUCCUUCGAUAACCGCUGGAGUUCCGGCAAUUCCAGAACAAAAUCGCAAUCUAACAGUUCCCAUGGCCCAUUGCACAAUCGUAAUAUAAGGCAAGAUAGUCCAGAAAUUGAAAAAGAAGAUUUAGACAGAAAAGAAUACAAACGACAAAGUUCUGAUGACAGCUACCGCAGCUCACAUCAUUCUGAACAAGAAAGGGAUUCUCAAGAUUCUCGUUAUCACCAUUCAGAUAAUUCUGACAGUAGACAUCAGGAUUAUGAUAUGCAGUACUCUCGGAGGGAACAGGAACACGAUAAAUGGCACAAAGAAAAGAAUAUUCAGGACAACAAAAAACAAGAAGACCAAUCACAUCGUUCGAGUAACGAUGACUGGAGCGAGAGACCAGAGAAAGUUCGCGAAGAAAAAGUGGUUGAUAAAUACGAAAAAGAACGUGAAAGAGAAAGGGACCGUCCCCAAAGGCCAGAUAGUCGGGAUUCUCGCGAUUCGCGCUCAACUCGCCAUUCUAGAGAUUCCGAACCACGUGAUUACAACAUGGGUUCGUGGUCAGAAUCGAUGUACGAACAUCCCUACGAGGACAAAAGAAAAGAUUACAGUAGAGAGGAACGACGUUCUGUUCCUGGUCCUAUCACUAAAGAUCGCAUGGAAGCCGAUGAUAUGCGAAACGAAAAAAGGAACUUGACGCAGCUGAAGCGCGGCCAACUGGUAGAAGUGAAAUCAGAAAUUAAAAAAGAGCUUCCCACAAAAGUUAUUACGUUGAAAUGUGAAUUCUCUAGCGCAUGGGCAGAUGCUCAGAUUCUUCCUCUUGCGCUGGAUGAAAAUGAAUCUAAAAUGACCGAAGACAAAAAACAGUCUGAGUCAAAAGUGGAGAUUAAAUCGCCAGAGCAGUCUAAGAAGUCUGAUAAAACCGACGACUACAACCAAAACCGCAAUAGAUCGUAUGGCCAAAAGAAAGGUUGGAACACGAACGAUAAUCAUUCGUCACGAGGACCUCCCUGGCCGAGAAGACCCUCAAGUCGCGGUCAAAAGCCAGGAGGAAGAAACCAAGAAUACCACACAGCAGAUUCUGACGGCUCCCUCGAAGAUCACUCCGGAAACUUAAAAGCAGACGACGGCAGAAAGGCUGACGCCACCAAGCUCGAAAUAGUUCUAAUCCUUAAGGAAUGUGAGAAAACGAAAUGUAUUGAUGGUGUUUUUUCCGAGAAAAUUGAUAAAAUAUUAGUCCCUUAUGAAGAUCUAGAGCAGUGUAUAGCAAAGUGGUCUAUAUCUACCCCAGGGCUCGAUAAAAACCUGCAAGUGGUCUGCGUGGGCGAAAAAAAUUGGGGUCUAUAA